GACCAGUUAAGGCUGCCGUAGUUAUUUGCGUCUCGUUACCAUGGAAAGGAAUUCUACAGAAAAUACGUAAACGGCGCAAAAUCGCGCAGGUUAGAGAAAAACGUAGCUCUGUAGCAGGAUGAAAUCUAACGAGGAGCAACUCGAGGAGAAUCACAUUUAUGAACCACCGACACUGCGUCGGCUAAUUGUACAGAGGUUUGAAGGGGAAAUCUGUGAAGGUCAGUUUCAUGAAAAAGGUGUUGCUUUUUUUGAAGGUGGCCACACAUACAAGGGAGAGUUUUUGUGCAACACACCCAAGGGGGAGGGCACUUACACACAGCCAGAUGGCAGCUUUUAUAGUGGGGAUGUGUGCAAUGGUAUACGACAUGGGCUUGGAACCUACAUGUGUGCAAAAAGUUCAGUGUCAUAUAAAGGGCAGUGGCAUCAGGGCAAGCGGCAUGGAAAGGGCACAGUGUAUUACAACCAAAGUAAGACCUCUUGGUACAAAGGAUACUGGGUGAAGAACUGCAAAGAGGGAUGGGGCGUGAGAUGCUACAACUCUGGUAACAUUUACUUUGGUGAGUGGAAGAGCAACCGGAGACAUGGACAGGGCACAAUGAGAUGGCAGAAGCUGAGACAGCAGUAUGCUGGGGAAUGGAUAGAUGGAGUUCAGCAUGGGCACGGCACACAUGUCUGGAUUCUGCAGCGAUCGAAUUGGGGUCACUAUUCCCAGAGCAAUCAAUACACAGGGGAUUUUGUCCAGGGUCAGCGGCAUGGGCGGGGAAGCUUUUACUAUGCUGGCGGUGCCGUCUAUGAAGGAGAAUGGAAAAGCAAUAAAAAACAUGGGAAGGGUAAAUUCACAUUUAAGGACGGACGUGUUUUUGAGGGAGAGUUUGAGCAAGACCAGAUGAUAACAUUCAGCUUGCACAAAAACAGUGCUCCUAACCUUCUGUGUGGUGGAUCCUCUUUGUCUAUUAGUGAGUUAUUUACUUUUGAUAUGGGUCUUAACAUUGAACGUCUUCUGGAUAUGUUUCCUGAGAGAAGGAGAAACACGGAGCUCCAACAGGUCGAGUUUGUGGCGCUGCAGAAAAACACAGAACUGAGGUCCAUUUAUAGUUUCUACCGAGGACUUGGUCAAACACACACCUCCCUGCUAUCACAUCUGCAGUUGUUGCGCCUGCUCAAAGACUGUAAGAUCCACCAUCAUGGCAUCAGUCUCCCACAGGUAGAAUAUUUGAUCAAAGAAGAUGAAACUGCAGAGAACCAAUUUCCUUUUACCCCCUUGCAGCUUCAUAGGUUUAUCAGCUGUCUGGUGAUCGUGGCCUUCCACACCUACAACAAAGACAUGACGUCAGCAGCAAACCUUCUGGCUGCAUGCUUCUCCAAACUCCUGACUGAUGACAUUAUUCCAAAUGCGAAGAAUGUAAAAGGUGUUACUCUGCAUGCUCUUCUACACACACAUAUCAGAGAGUGGGCAUUUAACAUUACAUUUCACUUUAAGGACACUGCAUGUUUCUCUGUUGUCCCAUUUGCACUCUUUUUCCAUGCAUCAAUAUUUACUGUGCUCAUCUACGUAGGUUUCCUGUUCAGACACCCAUCUCUUUCAGUGACGUCCAUGUCGUACAUGGAAAGAUGUUGGCAAAUAUACAAAACCUACUGCAGUGUCAGCACAACAGACAUGACCUACCGACACCUGCUGUGGAUGUUCAAGGAUCUUCAGCUGCUGGACAAUAAUCUGACUCUAAAAAAGUUACUGGAGUUAAUCACCGCAGAGAGCGCAGACUGCAACAAUUUGUCCUCUUGUCUGAAUCUGGAGAUUACAUUCCUGGAGGCUUUCGAGGUACUCGUGGGCUGUGCUGAUAUGCAGCAUGUUUCAGAAGACCUGGAGGGGAGCCUGCAUCUGUCCAGAUGUAACACUCAGGAAAAGACUAGCAAAAGGCUAUUGGCAAAUAGAAACUGUUCACCCCAGUCGACAGGCAAAUCUAUUACCGCUGCAGAAUAUUCCCUUGCUCAUAAUCUGGACAAACAACACAUUGUCAUUGAGGAAUCAGAGUUUGAGGACCACACAGAAGAGGAGGACAAAGACAAGAAGACCAAAAGAAUAAAAUCCCAAAACUGUGAAAUAGAGGUCUGUGCCCAGAAAAUUCAUCAGUUCUUGAACCACGUGUUCUUCCCAGCUUUUGAACAUUAUCAGUCAGUAAACAGUUGCAUAAAAGAAAAAAGGAACAGCUUCCAUGAGAAUCAGACGUCCAGUCAUCUAGAAGUCUCAAGAGCCAGGACGCAGGGGGAUUUGGAGACUGUCCAGCAAACAUAAUGUUGAAGCUUGGGAAGGAACUGGCUGAAGCAAAGAUCUAUUCAUUGUCAAAAAAAAUAUUCUCAAUAUAAUAAUAAUAAUAAUGAGAACAGUGCUGACAGCCAAGCAAACAAUGCGUAGUAAUUGGUUUAGUUGCAGCAUGUUCCACCAUCAUGUUAGUAAAACAUUACAUCAUUCAGAGGGUGAUACAUGCAUUUUUGCAGGCACAGUACCACCUGCGAAAGCCAGGGUGAAUGGACUGAACUCAGUCCAGUGGGUGUCUAGGGUAGCUAUAAUUUCAGCUGUAUAUUGUUCUGUUUAGAAUUUUACAUUUUAUUAAUUGUAGGUUUGUGAUUUUAGUCACUUGGAUAAGUGUGUGUGUGUCCAGAGCAUCUGAUCAGUGAUGUUCAAUUUUUGAUAAUAUGCUUUCCCAUAAAUUGUUCUAUUGUUGGGGGCGGUUCCAAUUGUAUUUCAUUUUCUUUGUUUUGCUUUACAUACUAACUUGUGUUGCUGAUAUUCAAAGAACUUGUAAGAUGUCUGGAUUGUUCCACAGAGGAAAGUGGCGAUUUGGUUAUUUUUAGAAAAUCCCAUCAGGCUUUUAUAAUUAAAAUUAAGAAUACCAGUCAUUUUCUUUU